GCACGGCGCGGGCCCGCAGUGCGCGCGCGCCAUCUAUCAAGCUGCCAACGACUAGCCAGCUGCGCAGUCCAAAGAUUGAGAAAGUCGCAUGUCUGUGUCGCCCGCGAGCGCCCGCCCAUUAUAUGCCCUGCCUUCCCACCGCCCGCUUCUCCCUUUCUCCAACUCCCUUUACCCUUUACCUCGCCUUCUACUUCAUCAAUCGUGCGCCCGCCGCCUUUUCUUCCAUCACCAGUCCCCUGAAGCCGCCUUGAGCUGGCUUUGCUGCAGCUCGUGCCGGCAUCCUCGCGCCCCAGCCUGCUUGCCGUCGCCCGCCCGCUGCCUUUCGCUCAGGUCGUUGCGGGAAGUGCGCGACCUAUACACGUCUCUCAUAUAUUUGGUCGUGGCUUGUCGAGCCCUGUCCAGCAUGAACGCGGCCGGCGCUUCGUCAAGUUCGCCCGAGCUGUCGACGCCCCCGGGCUCGCCCGAUUUGGCCGACUCAGCGACGAGCGCGGCCAACGGCUCCCAUCACGCCUCGACCAUCAACGUUCUUGGUGGUGCACUCCCGAAUAAUGUUGCACCCACCUCCGCUAAAUAUAACACGGCCGCCAGCCCGCCCACCACCACCACUAACACAUCCACUACCACCACCACGACGGGCACCAAGCGUCCGCGCAAGAAAAAGGAACCUGCACCUCCUGCGACCGGCGAGGAAAAGCCAAAACCCACCAGGCGUCCCCGCCAGCCAAAAGACCCAAAUGCCCCGCCAACGCAGCGCGGCAAAAAGCGCAAGACUGCUGCUGCUACUGCGGCGGCGGCGGCUGCAGAAACAUCAGCACCUGCUGCAGUCGAAGAGAAGCCCGUUCCCCAGCCGCAGCAGUCUCAGCAACUGCAACAGCAGCACGCCGCAUCGUCCCGACAGCCUAAAAUAACCGAUCUCGUCGGCUCCGUUCCCGCGCAGCCUGCACCCGAACAGCCCAUCCCGAAUCCUAGUCUGUCCCAAGUCGCUGCUGCCACCCCCGGCCCAUCCACGCCGCGGCCCGCGUCUAGCGGUCAGCUCUACGACCCCAUUCGCUCGUCGACGGUCCCGGUCACUCAGCAUCAACAUGCGACUGCCGUGCCACCGGUCUCGCCGUCCAGUCGCGUAAUCAACCGCGCCAGUGCCUCACCCUCAAUCAACAGCUUGAUAGAUCCUCCUUCCGUGCCCAGUCAACCUCACCUCAGCCAGCAAGCGAGGUUCCAAGCUCCUCUGUCCGUCACCUCUGCACCUGCAUCACCCGCACCUCUGCAAGCAAGCCAAAACCCCUUUGGGCCGCCGACUCAGUCCGUUCAUGUUCCCCAGGCAAGCCCGGUGCAAACUUCACCUGUAGAAGUCGCCCUAGAAGUGCAGAAACCGACCCCGCCCAAGAAGACUGAUACCGCAAGCACUGCAUCGUCAACCUCUGUCAUCACCCCGCCGGCUCCCGCCCAAAAGCCCGAAAAGAAGAAAGAGGCCCCGGCGCCCAUGCCCACUGGUAGUGGCCUCUUGUCGGGAAUGCCAUUUGCCGGUGCAAUGAUGAACACCAAGCCCGAGACCGAAGGCACCAACAUUUGGUUGACCUUCCCCCUCAAGGGACAGACUAACGUCACCAUCAACUUUGCACGAGAGGUGGAGAAGAAGUAUGGCUUCGCCGCCAUGCAUCCGCGCAUCGCCGCUGCCAAAGAACGCCGACGCCAGAUGGCCGCUGCGACCGCCGCACUAGAGAAAGGAUCAGGUGCUGCUUCCGCAGAUGACAUGUCGGUAGACUUGUCGGAGCCUGAGAGUAACGUCGAGAUGGGCGGCAUGGAUGAAGAGCUUACCCAGAGUGGUACGGUGCGGAAGAGAAAGAAGAAGGUCGAAGAUUACGACAAAGACGACGACUUUAUCGACGACACGGAGCUCGCAUGGGAACAGAGCGCGCUAAUGGCUAAAGAUGGUUUCUUCGUUUACAGCGGCCCGCUCGUCACCGAGGGAGAGAAGCCUGCAGUUGAGAGGGCCGACGGUACGGUGCGUCGCGGCCGCGGUCGCGGUAGAGGCGGCACGAGCCGUGGUGAAGCUUCAGGCAGAGGCAAUCGGGGCGGCGGUGGCGGCGGCGGAAGAGCUCGCGGCGGUAACACCGUCAGAAAGCCUCGCGUUACCAAAGCUGACCGCGCCAUGAUGGAGCAGGAGAAGCUCGAGCGCGAAAAAAUGGCGCAAACACUCGCCGCAAAGCCCAUGACGCCCUACCAGGGAGUGGCCUCUUAAUGUGACUGAAAGGGUCAAAGUUCAAGGCCGCGUCACACUGGCUUUGAAAUGCUAGCUGGAAAAGCAAAGGUUCUUCGGCCCGGUUUCACCAUUGCUAAUUUGGGUCGAUCUCGGUUGCGCAGGCGGAGGCGUUUGCUUGGGGGGCCUGGAGUUGUACGGAUAUGGUUUAUUGGAAGGUCGGUUGCUUUGCUUCUUUUCUAUGCAUCUUUGCCGACAUGAGGUUCUGUCACUUGGGGGUUUUCUUUCCUAUACGUCGGCAGCUUCUUCAUGAUGUGUUGAGGCUUCUGCGUCUACACCUGCAUAGCUUGCAUGGCUUGCAUGGCUUGUACUAUAGCUGCUUUACACAGCUCGCAAGUCUGUUAGAGAUAUAGCAUUGAUUAUGACGAUUUCUGAGUGACGA